AUGUCGUCAACUCUUGAACUAGUCGUUUGUACAACAGCUGCGGCACUUUUCGACUGUACUGAGGAACUCGAAAUUUUGAAUCGGGAUGGAAUUGAAGGAUAUAAAGAACAUCAGCGUGCUAAUCUUAUGGUACCUCUUCAACCUGGUGUCGGUUAUUCUCUUAUUCAAUCACUAUUAGCAUUGAAUAAAGCUGCUGAAAAACAACUGAUAGAAGUUAUACUCGUUUCUCGUAUGGAUAGUGAUACUGGAGAACGAAUACGACAAUCUAUCCAUCAUUACGAAUUGCCUAUUACACGUAUGUCAUUUACUAGUGGUACAGAUGUCACAAAAUAUUUAUUAGCUUGGAAAUGUGAUCUUUUUCUCACUGCGGAUGAAGAUCAAGUACGUACAGUAUUGUGUGGUACUAGUUCUAAAGCAUUUACAGGCAUGGCAGCUGCGUUAGUGUGCAAUAUUGUAAAUACGACACCAAAUACUUCUUCUCAUGUUGAACAAUUGGAUUCGAAAACUGACGAGACUGUAUUACCUUCUGAAGUAAAUACAUCAACCAAUCCUGUUUCAUCUACUCCGUUAGCUUCUUCAUCAUGGCCAGAAGGUCAAGUUCGUAUUACUUUCGAUGGAGAUGGUGUACUUUUUUCAGACGAAGCAGAACGUGUUUACAAAACAAAAGGACUUGAAGGAUUUUUUGAAUUCGAACGUAAACAUGGACAUAUUGCUUUACCAAAGGGUCCUAUGCAAGCAUUUGCUUUCAAGUUACAAAAACUUCGUCAAUCAUUAGGAGAGAAUCAUAAAUGA